GGGCCAGCUGUUAAACAAACGGAAGUAAAACUGCCGGAAACAGAAAAACGGCGUCUCGUAGGCCCAGGCGACAGCGUGGAGGGGCGGGCCUGUCGAUUGGAUGAAAGCUGCUGAGAUUACUCCCAGCCACUAAGGACGCAGAGGUGGGGCGGUGGCGUCCCACGCACCGUGCGACAGUGGGCGGUGCUCUGUUGCCUGAGUAACCGUAUGAUGGUGUUGGUGGCGGUGUCUUCCUGUCUCAACGAUACCUAUUUUCUAGUGCUGAGAUCCUGAGACAAUGAGUCAUAGUGAAAGAUUCGUUUUCAUUGCAGAGUGGUAUGAUCCAAAUGCUUCACUUCUUCGACGUUAUGAGCUUUUAUUUUACCCAGGGGAUGGAUCUGUUGAAAUGCAUGAUGUAAAGAAUCAUCGCACCUUUUUAAAGCGGACCAAAUAUGAUAGCCUGCACUUGGAAGAUUUAUUUAUAGGCAACAAAGUGAAUGUCUUUUCUCGACAAUUGGUAUUAAUUGACUAUGGGGAUCAAUAUACAGCUCGCCAGCUGGGCAGUAGGAAAGAAAAAACGCUAGCCCUAAUUAAACCAGAUGCAAUAUCAAAGGCUGGAGAAAUAAUUGAAAUUAUAAACAAAGCUGGAUUUACUAUAACCAAACUCAAAAUGAUGACGCUUUCAAGGAAAGAAGCAUUGGAUUUUCACGUAGAUCACCAAUCAAGGCCCUUUUUCAAUGAGCUGAUCCAGUUUAUUACGAGUGGUCCUGUUAUUGCCAUGGAGAUUUUAAGAGAUGAUGCUAUAUGUGAAUGGAAAAGACUGCUGGGACCUGCAAACUCUGGGGUGGCACGCACAGAUGCUUCUGGAAGCAUUAGAGCCCUCUUUGGAACAGAUGGCAUAAGAAAUGCAGCGCAUGGCCCUGAUUCUUUUGCUUCUGCGGCCAGAGAAAUGGAGUUGUUUUUUCCUUCAAGUGGAGGUUGUGGGCCGGCAAACACUGCUAAAUUUACCAGUUGUACCUGUUGCAUUGUUAAACCCCAUGCUGUCAGUGAAGGACUGUUGGGAAAGAUCCUGAUGGCUAUCCGAGAUGCAGGUUUUGAAAUUUCAGCUAUGCAGAUGUUCAAUAUGGAUCGGGUUAAUGUUGAAGAAUUCUAUGAAGUUUAUAAAGGAGUAGUGACCGAAUAUCAUGACAUGGUGACAGAAAUGUAUUCUGGCCCUUGCGUAGCAAUGGAGAUUCAACAGAAUAAUGCUACAAAGACAUUUAGAGAAUUUUGUGGACCUGCUGAUCCUAUCCCAGACUCAGCCAGUAGAAAGGAGAAGCAGCUGAUGUCUAGAAGAGGUGAGUUGACCUCAGAGAUGAUGGCUGGAUGUCAGAAAGAGGCAACUUGACUUCAAGGAGAGAGGGAGAGAGGCACCCUGACUUCAGGUGAGAGACCUACCCUUCCCUUCCCCUCCAGCUGUCCUCUCCACUGAGAGCCACUUUCAUUACUCAAUGAAAUUCUCUGCAUUCACUAUCCUUCAAUUUAUUUAUGUGACCUCAUUCUUCUUGGGCACCAGACAAGAAUUUGGGGCCUACCAAGUGUGAAUACCCAAAAAGGCUGUCACACUGGCCCUUUGCCCUCACUAGCGGAGGGCAGCUACCCCACACAAGGCAAAGGACCCACUGAGCUGGUAACACACUGCUCUCCACAGGUGGUGGAGCUAAGAGAGCAUUGUAACGCGCCCUCUGGGGUCUUGGCGUCACAAGCACCCCCACUUGGAUGCUGCCACAGGGCCUGCAUGGAGUUUGCUUCUGCUGGUGCCAAAGUGGCUGACUGGUUCCUGCAUUUGCUCACCUAUGCAUGCCCUCCCACAAGGCGUUGAGCAUGGCAGGCUGAGUAAAUGGGGCACCCCUGUCAUGGGUCCCAUGAAGGGAUCAAUAAAAUGUCCUGCAUUAUCAAUACCUUUGUUUCUUGACAUGGUCCUGGAGAAAGUUACAAAGCCUUUUUCUUUUCUCCUUCCUCUCUUUUUAAAUAAAAUUAUUCUAAGAAGCAAAUUAUACCAGAUGUUUAGUGUCUUCUAGUCAGAAAAUCUUUGAUGUUCUUAUGAGAAUUUAACUUGGACCUAUUAUCAUUUUUUGAAACAGCAAAAAUUCAAACAGAAGCCUUCAUGGUUUUGAAAUCAAUAAAGGAACCCAGGGGACUCAGAAGAGCCACACGGGUUCUGUAGUCAUGUUUCAAACAAGACUGUUCCCUUCUUCUUCAGCAGUCUCAGAGAGCAGGUUAGGAAAGGAAAGACCAGUCUUUUCAAAGGGGCUAACAGUGGAGAUCAAUAUUGAGACUUUUUUCUAGGAUGUCUACUCAUAUAAUUUUAAUGCAUGAUAUAAGCUCCCUUUUCAAACCACUUGCUUCUAACGUGUCUUCCUAAGUUUUACCUUGAAGAGCACUUGCUAAUUGAAAUAUUUAUAUUUGGUUUGUCCCCUAAACUACAAAGCCUGAAGAGGACUAAAGUUUUCCUUUCUCAUAAUUCACUUUUGAAAUUCUGAGAUCAGUAAAAUUAACUGUAUAGAUCUUCAAAAGAUAUGCUUGUACAUACUAGAAAGCUUACUGCUGUGGACAUCUGUGUGCUCAUUACCACCAAUCAAUAUGUAUUACAAAGAGAAUGAAUGUAUAGCACUGGCUAAUCUGGAGCAUCUAUUAACUGGAAAUUAGCUCAACAAGCUUACACUAUGUGUGUGUAUGUGUAUAUAUAUAAUUUUUAUUUUUUUUUCCUAAGAUUAUUGUUUUUAUGAGAAAGCUCAACUGCUGUCUGAUCAGGAUGGGUCUCUUUUGGCCAGAGCUAAACACUGACCCAAAUCUCUUUGGACACUCAACCAGCUAAAGACCAGGAAAAUUCCUUCAGUUCUUGUUCUCUUACUUCCUUUAGCAUUUGGCAUGUUUAAAGAUUAGUUGGUUAUAAUUCUGUACUUGAGAAGACAAAAAAGAGAAAAAAUUAAUGGGGAGUGAUGCACAGGAAAGAUGCCUAUUUCAUAUAUGUUCAUAUAUGUUCAGCCUUAUUGAUAGGGAAAUGCAUAUUAACGGAGAAUAAUACAACUUUUCAAACCAGUGAGCUUGGUAAAAUUUUAAAAAAUAGACAAAAUCCAGCAUUGGCAACCAUGUGGUGGAAGAGGUACUCUAUCUAGGUUGUAGUACUAUGGGUGAGAUUUUUUUUAGUCCUGUACAGUUAAUUCUCAUUACUUAUAGUAGUUAUAUUCUGUAAAGUUACCAUGAACACUGACUUGGUGAAUACUGAACUGUAGUUCCUAGAAGAAAUACAGGGUUAGGUUUCUGUGAGCCUGUGGUCACAACAUAUAUAUUAAUGAUCAAUAUAUAACCUUAUUUUGUGUGUGUUUCUGUUUAAGGACACCGUACUUAAUACAUAUUGUUGAUCUAGUAACAUUGAACUCAUGGCCAGCAUCACUGUAACUCCUACCUGAGUGAUGCCUACAUUACGUAUAUAUUUUCUUUAUAAGGCACGUCACAGCAUUGUGAUACUUAGGACUCUUGACAGCUCUUCGGCACUAUGCUCGGGGACUGUUUUAAAUAGUAAAAUCACCAACAGAAAAUACAAAAAUGCAAAAAAUGUAACACCAAGUACACUGCAAAAAGGAUACCUGUAGCCAGGUAUAGUGGCUCACACCUAUAAUCCCAGCAACUUGGGAGGAUGAGGUGGGAGGAUCACUUGA